ACAAGUUUUUAUCACUGAUAACCUAAUUUCAUGUUAUUGGUUUAUUACCAAUUCUCGAGUCAGUCAAUUGUCAGUCAAUUGUGGUAUCUCAGCAUCAGCCAUCAGCACCACGCAACCUUCUAUUUUUUCCUUGGUAUUUGAAGAAAAUCAAACUACACAAUGCCUGCUCGGAACACAGGGACUCUCUUGAAAAGUCUACGAGAACUUAUGAGAAACAACCAGUAUUUCAAUGAAACGUUGGCUGCCUAUGUCAUACCAUCAUCCGAUGCUCAUCAGAGCGAAUAUUUGGCUGAUCAAGAUAAACGAAGAGAGUUCAUUAGUGGGUUUACUGGUUCUGCUGGAACAGCCGUUGUUACAGAAAAUGAAGCUCUCCUCUGGACUGAUGCACGCUAUCAUGUGCAAGCAGAACAGGAAUUGGAUAACAACUGGACUUUAAUGAAAAGUGGUCUUCCAAGCACGCCAACUUUGGAAGAUUGGUUAUCCAAGAAUAUAUCUCCAGGCCAUCAUGUUGGAUUUGAUCCCUGGCUACAUUCUUACAAUGAGUGGAACUUAAUAAAAACCAAACUCGAAAGCAACAAAAUUUUCUUCAGUGCCGUUUCAACUAAUCUGGUUGAUAAGAUUUGGACAAACAAACCCUCCCAGUCUGGCGCUGUUACACCUCAUCCUUUGAAAUUUACUGGUAAAACCAGUGCAGAGAAAGUUAAGGAGGUUCGAGAAAAACUUGAAGAAAAAAAAGCUUCAGUAUUAGUUCUGACCCAGCUAGAUGAAAUAGCAUACCUUUUCAACUUACGUGGCUGUGAUAUCUCAUACAAUCCAGUAUUUUUUUCUUACGCAAUUAUUAGUCUCGAUAAAGUUCUUCUAUUCAUUGAUGAAGCAAAAGUUACAGAACAGAUUGUCAAACAUUUUGCUGAAGAAAAAUUGAGUGUAGAAAUCCAUCCAUAUGAUAAAAUUUAUUCCUUCUUAUCAGAUAUUGUCUCAUCAUUAAACGACACAAAAAUAUGGAUCAGCCAAGCUCUUUCAAAUUAUGCUUUGAACAAUUUGGUGCCAGAAAAAUCUAAAAUAAGCACAAUCACUCCUGUCCAAGUUAUGAAAGCUAAGAAAAAUCCGGUUGAAGUCAAUGGAUUAAUUAAUGCUCACAUCAAGGAUGCAGCAGCUCUUUGCUGUUAUUUUGAUUGGUUGGAGAAAGAGCUCAAAAAAGGAAAUAAGGUUACAGAAAUAUCUGGUGCAACCAAGUUGGAGGAGUUCAGAAGAGAGCACGAGGACUUCGUCGAUCUCAGUUUUUCUACCAUCUCAUCAUCAGGGCCUCAUGGUGCAAUCAUUCAUUAUAGUCCUACCCCUGAAACUGAUAGACUAAUUACCACUGAAGAACUGUAUCUAUGCGACUCGGGAGCUCAAUUCAGAGAUGGAACAACUGAUGUUACCAGGACACUUCAUUUUGGAAAGCCAACUGAUUAUGAAAAAGAAUGUUUCACUAGAGUUUUCAAAGGUCAAACGUUUUUAGGAACUACUUCGUUCCCAGUUAAACUCAAGGGUAAUUCUCUGGAUGUAUUGGCCCGUAAAUUUUUAUGGGAUGUUGGUUUAGACUAUUUGCAUGGAACUGGCCAUGGUAUCGGCUCCUUUCUAAAUGUACAUGAAGGACCUAUUUCAAUUCACUUCAAAGUGUAUCCUGAGGCCAUUGACUUAGAAGAAGGAAACUUUGUGUCAAAUGAACCUGGGUACUAUGAAGAUGGCAAAUUCGGAAUCCGUCUAGAAAAUAUUGUCCGAGUUGUACCAGCCAACGAGACUAAAUACAAGUUUAAGAAAGAUUUCUUGAAAUUUGACACAGUAACUCUAGUACCCAUCCAGACCAAAAUGCUAGUGCCGGAGAUGUUAACACAACAAGAGGUAUCAUUUCUGAACGAGUAUCACUCUGUUUGCCGCGAGAAAGUGGGAGCUCUUCUCAAAAAAAUGAAUCAUCAAUCUGCUCUGGAGUGGUUGUACAGGGAAACAGAGCCCUUUGUACUGUCGCACUGAUUGUAAGUAAAGAAGAAGAGGACCAUACUACUUGUUCAUGAGUUCAACAUUACGCUCAACCAUCAGGAUGCCUUCAAACUACAAAUAUUUCCAAAUUUGGAAUUUUUUUAUUUUUAAUUUCUAUUGCUCCAUGUUUUUUCAUCAAAUAAGAGAUUUUUUAGCGCACAAUAUUUAGAUAGAGUUCAGGAAAACAUUCACAUGUACAUUGCAGUCUUUCAAAAUCUUAUCUCUUGUUUUAAUUUUUUGGAAGGAAACCAAUUGACAUUCCCACUCUAAAAUGUAUGCAAUUUUUCUUGCGUAUACAAAAGUUCUUUCUCUAAAAUUUUAAGCGAAAAUACUGGUUUGUUUCCUUCCUUAAUAUUUAAAUAGGGGAUAAGAUUUAGCGACACCAAAAUGUAGAUGUUACUGUUGUGAUGAACUCAAUCCAUCUAUGACUGAUGAACAUUUAUAGUCCAUUCUAGAAACUAUUUCCAUCAUUUUUCAGAGACAAUAACUCUCAAUUUUCUCUUGAGAUUUCACUUAUUUUCUGUAGCUAAGCAGUCAUUAAAACCAGUCAAUAAUUAACAUUAAGUACUAAUUUAUUUUUGUAAAACUGCCUGUGAUCAUUUGCAUUUUGUCAUGGUCAGAUAAGGAUUGAAACUGACCCAUGGAUCACUUUUUUUUAUUCAGUCACAAUAAUAAUGCAUUGUUUCUCCUCCAUUA